AUGAUCAUAAGCUCUCUUCCAUUGCCGAUGAAUAGCCAGCAACCUGCCUCCUCGGAGGAACAGCUGGAUCAACUUCCCUCUCCUGCUUCGGCAAAGGUUGCAUGGAGGUCGGCUGUUCAUGUAAAUGCCAAAUCGCCACCCAUAUCCCCUCGUGCUCAGGGAAAGCUGCCUCAACGUGCCCCCUCCGAGUCCUUCGUUCUCCUACAGGAUAGUGUCAUACGCAACAUACCGUCUCCAGUACCAUCAUCUACGCAUUCACGGAAG